CUGGUUGUUCAUUUCUUUGACCUAAAUUUUGUGGGAGGAGUCAAAAAAAAGAAAGAAAAAAAAAAUUGCCCUAAAUUUUAUCCUUUUUAUCAAGAUUUUUUCUUGGGAAUACUGGAAGAUUCCGAGUUAGUUCUUCUGUUUCAUUUAAAAAGGUUGGAUUUUUUCAUGGCUAGAUUGAUUCCAUACUCAAGAUUUCAAAUUUCCAGGAAGAUUAAUUCUAGAAAAUUUCGCGAAAACAAAAACAGCAGCAGCAGCAGCAGCAAAAGUAGCAGUAAUUAUCAACUGCAGAUUCAUCAGUCUUAUUCCUUCUAAUAGUAAUUGUUAUCCAAUAAUAAAGUCAUGGGUAAACGUAGUAAAAAAAGUAAAACUGCAACUCUAUACGAUAGCGAUGAUGAUGAUAGUCAAAGCUCAUCGUCGACGGCCAUGUCCGAGCUGACAAUAGCGCAAGGCCCAUAUACUGAAGAAACCGAUGGUGCCAAUGACAAUCUUGAUGCUUGUCUUGUUGCUCUAUACGAAAAGAGGGGAACCACUAGAGAGAAUGCACUGUCUACAAUCGUCGACAGUUUUAGAAUAAAGUUGCAGCAUCAAUUUGUGGCAAACAAGUGUAUCACUUUGCUCCAUCAGUGUCUCAAUUCUUUCAAAAAAGGAUCUACAAAAGAGAUACAUUUAGCGUCUCUUGCCAUUGGAUUGCUAUCUGUAACUGCUGGUUGUGAGGAUGGAAAAGCACAGGAAAUACUCGAGGAAUCUUUUACUCCUCUUUCCUUAGCUCUUAAAUCUGGAUCAGAUUCGCUGAAAGUAUCAUCUAUUCUGGACUGUUUGGCUAUAUUAACUUUUAUAGGUGGGGUUAAUGAAGAGGAGACAGAGAGGUCAAUGCAAAUUAUGUGGCAAUUUAUUAAACCAAAAUUGGGACCAAAUAAUGUUGUUGCAAGUAAGCCUACACCAGCUACAUUGACAGCUGCUAUAUCUGCUUGGGCGUUUCUUCUCUCAACAAUGAACGAAUUCAAACUUAACUCUAAAGAUUGGCAAGAGUCAAUUUCUCACUUCUCAACUUUACUGGAAAAGGAUGAUAGAGCACUUCGCAUGGCAGCUGGAGAAGCAGUAGCCCUUAUCUUUGAGAUUGGACAGCUAGUGAAGUUUCGCAAUGAUGAGACUAACUCUGGUGAUGAGAUCAAUAAACCCACAGAAGGGUAUAUACAAAUUCAAGGACUGAGGGGGAAAAUAACCAAUCAAGUGAGGGAUCUUUCAACAGAAGCAGGUGGUAAAGGCUCAGCAAAGAAAGAUCUGAAUAGUCAAAGGAACUUGUUCCGUGAUGUGUUGGAGUUCCUUGAGGAUGGAUACCCUCCAGAAAUAUCGUUCAAAGUUGGUGGGGAUACACUAAGCGUUUCCUCAUGGUCGAAAGUGAUACAGUUAAACUUUUGUAGGCGGUUUCUGGCUGGUGGAUUUGCUAAGCAUAUGCAGGACAAUGAGGUGCUUCAUGCUGUGUUUGGAUUUACACCAAAGGGAAAAAAUCAAUCUGGAAGCAAUCAAGAGCAGCUGACAGAAGAUCAAAAGAAAUUGAUGAAAAUUCAGAACUCUGUCGUGAGUAAAGCAAGAACUCAGUUUCUGAACAAACAACGCGUUUUAUCUCAGGGGAAAAAAGGGGGACACUUCUCUGUUGGUCCCAUGGAUGAAGAAGCCUAGAAGCCAUUUUUGAAUUGAAGAUUAUAUACAUUGGGUUUGUGAGAAGGCUUUGGUGAUUACCAAUCCUGUUUGUGCAAAUACAGAUUUUAAUUUAGCGUAGUGAUGAUUUCCCCUACCUUUCUAUAGACGAGAGUUGUGAUCUCGAUCUGGAAUGGCAGGGCGUAGUGAUUUUGCCUAGUAUUUGUGAUCUCGAUCUGGAACGGCAUGGCAGGGCGUAGUGAUUUUGCCUAGUAUUUUAAUAUUUCAUGUAAGAUGUUGGAGUAUGGCAAAAAGAUGAAUUAGCAGUACAUUGUUAAGUUAUUUGUUGUGUGUGUGAUGUAUUUGGAGUUUGAGUAUUCCUUCUAAAUUGAUGAUGUAAUAAUUCCAUUUCAGGUCAAAAUUAUUUAUAACGUUGAUUGUUCUGUCA